CUUUUUGGAGACGCCCAAAGCAGCAACUGGCAAUAUUAACUUGAAGGAAGCUGAAGGAAUACGUCACGCCGGGUGAGGGCUGGCGCUUUUUUGGAAACAUUUAACCCGUCCAAGGUGAACAUGGCUGAUCUAUUAGACAGACACGUGCAAGUCGCUGUUGUCGUCUCCUUUGCUGUUGGCUUCUUUGCGGGAUGGCAAGCUAACAGAAUGAGAAGAAGGUUUCUAGACUGGAGGAAGAAAAGGCUGCAAGACAAACUAUCAGAAACGCAAAAGAAGCUGGAUUUAUCGUAACUUAACAACAAGUGACUGGAAAUUGGAGGUCAUAUAAACACUAAACAAAGAGGAUGCAUCGUAAAAGUAUAUUUUUCUUAUGUAAAGACUUGGAUUUUUGAUAUUUUGCAGUGUUUACAUAUAGCACGGGAAAACCAUUUUAAAGCUCUGCUGCAAGUGCGUUUUAAGAAAAAACAGCUACCAUUUUUCAUCAUGACGAAUUUAAGCAAUGUGCUGAAGAUAUUAUUUUUUAUAAACUUUUUGAAACUGCUUUUGAAUAAAGUAAAUCAUUAAUAUAAUAAAAAUAAGAUACAAUCCAUAAAACAUGUUUAAAAUAUACUAAGAUCUGUUCAGUUUUUUAAACAUCUGUUUAUCCACUUCAUUCGCAUUGUUACUUUCUCAUCAUGCUUUAAAGAAGUAAUUCCUGGCUUCCAUCUUAAAUACAAAUUUCCUUCAACCUACAUGAGUGUCUCUCCUCAAUAAAGAUUUUACUGAUUUAUA